AUGGACAACAGCAUUUUUCAAGUUUAUCAAGAUGAAAUCCAGUCAUUGGAAGAAGAAAUUAAAAUGUUGACUGAAAAGUAUGAAGACAGCCAACAAGAAUCCACCUCUUUUUCUGAAGAGGAGAUAUUAAUGUCAAUAAAAUCAUUCCAAAAAGAAUUUCAGGCGGAACCUAAGGGACAUGAAUCUCCAUCAGAUCUGAAAGCACAACUUGAAACUCUAGAAACAGAUAUCUCAUUUUUAAUGAAACUUACGGGUAUUCAGUUCACAAGUUAUUCCAAGAAAACAAUGGAGAAAACUAAAAACAGAACAGUGCAGAAGCACAGAUUAUCAGGAAAUUGCCACUCCGUGUCUUUUCAGUUGGAAUUUCAGCUUCUUGAAAUGCAGAACAAAGAGAAUGCGUGUGCUGUCGUUACUGAUCUCAGCAUUGUAAUGGAUUCUGGAGAAGAUUCAGAUGUGAGCAAGUUUGUGUCAAGCAUUGAAGAACAUGGAAAUCUUCUAACAUUUUUCAGAAGCCUUUCAUCUUAUGCUGAGUGGUUUGAGCAUCGCAGAUGCACCUUCCUGCAUUUCAAGACCAAAUAUCCUGAUGUUGUGAUCCUUCCAGAAGGACUGUUGGGAGACUAUAUGAUUCUAAGAAACCCCAAACUUUCUGGGUUUGAAUUAGUGAUUGUUUGGAAGAUACAUAUGGAUCAAGAAGGGAGAACUACGCCUGUUCUAGACCUUCUAACUAAAGUACCAGAGCAAGUCUUGGACCAGAAGAUGGCAACCACUGACAAUGCUCCCACCCGCUUCCGAAGCCUGCUGCUGUUGUUUGGGAUUGAGACAGCUAUUGAGAAUCUGAUCAAAGUGGUUGGCCUCCACAAAUGA